GGGAGAUUGUGAGGCGCGUGUGCGAGACGGAUGGUUGUGACCGGGAGGCACGGCUGCAGUGUCCUACCUGCAUCAAACUUGGCAUUCAGGGCUCUUUCUUCUGCUCGCAGAUUGUCAAGUGUUUGGGCUAUCGUAUGAUUCCUGCUUUUAGAAGCUUGAAGUUUUAGUUACCCAGUGAACUUGAUGGAAGUAUUGUAAUGUGGGAGUGCUUCAAAGGAAGUUGGUCAACUCAUAAGCUGCUUCAUAAGAAAGCCAAAAAUGAAAAGUCUAAAGAAGAAUCUUCUAAAUCUGAGAAAGGUGAAAUUAAUACAGAUCCCUGGCCUGGAUAUCGAUAUACGGGGAAAUUGAGGCCACACUAUCCAUUGACUCCCAUGAGAUCUGUUCCCAGUUAUAUCCAGGGACCUGAUUAUGCUGAUCAUCCAUUAGGUGUUUCUGAAUCUGAACAGUCCUUAAAGGGGACAUCUCAAAUCAAAAUUUUACCUCCAGAGGACAUAGAAGCAAUGCGGGUAGUAUGUCGACUUGCCCGAGAGGUUCUAGAUGUUGCUUCGAUGAUGGUUCGACCAGGAGUAACAACUGAAGAGAUUGAUCGUGCUGUUCAUAUGGCCUGCUUGGCAAGAAACUGUUAUCCAUCACCACUCAAUUAUUACAAUUUUCCAAAAUCAUGCUGUACCUCAGUUAAUGAGGUGAUCUGUCAUGGAAUUCCAGAUGCACGACAAUUACAGGAUGGUGAUAUUGUUAACAUUGAUAUUACAGUCUACUGCAAUGGUUUCCAUGGUGAUUUAAAUGAGACAUUUUUUGUGGGUGACGUUGAUGAAGGAUCAAAGAAGUUAGUGCAGACAACGUAUGAAUGCCUAAUGCAGGCUAUAGAUGCAGUAAAGCCAGGUGUUCGGUACAGGGAGUUGGGCAAUAUUAUACAGAAGCACGCACAUGCAAGUGGCUUUUCAGUAGUUCGGAGUUAUUGUGGGCACGGGAUCCACCGACUUUUCCACACUGCACCUAACGUGCCUCAUUAUGCGAAAAAUAAAGCUGUUGGAGUGAUGAAACCUGGUCACGUGUUUACCAUUGAGCCUAUGAUUUGUGAUGGGGCUUGGCAUGAUGAAACAUGGCCAGACAGCUGGACUGCAGUAACAAAGGACGGCAAGCGCUCAGCACAGUUUGAGCAUACACUUCUUGUCACAGAGACUGGCUGUGAGAUCUUGACACGGCGCUUGGAGGACAAUGGUCGCCCUUACUUUGCAUCGCAGUUGUAGCCUGCCACCUCUGCUGCUGUUCAGUGGCAGUCCCUCAAUGUCUUCACCUCAUGUUCAGCCAAUGCCUUAAGGCACUGAUUCAUUUGUUAUUUUGUGUUUUUUUUGGUGGUCUUUAGAUGCUGCAAAGCACUGAAUGCCCAAACAGCCUUUUUGCAACAUACCUUCUGCCCUCAUCCUCCCUUCCAGAGUGCCUCUGGUCCGAACAUCGGUUCCUACUGUCUGUAUAGUCAUAGAACACUACAGCACAGAAACAGGCCCUUCGGCGCAUCUAGUCUGUGCCGAACCAUUAAUCUGCCUAGUCUCAUCAAACCUAUACCCGGACCAUUGCCCCCCCAUGCCCCUCUCAUACAAUUACCUAUCCAAAUUUCUCUUAAAUAUUGAAAUUGAUCCUGCAUCCACCACUGGCGCUUAAAUCUUGUAUCUUAAAUGUUUCUUAAUGGAAUAAAAUUUGUGGCUCUAUUCAUAGAUUGUGGGCUAUUGUUUAAAAAGAAAUUGAAGUUGUUGCCAGCUUCCGAAAGACUAGCUGGUAAAUCUCCUCCAGUAAUUAUUUCUGUGAAUGUGCAUCUGUGAAAAGGUAGCAAAAACUGUGACAAAAGGAACCAAUUAGUUGUAAUCUUGUUAAUCAGAUAAUCUUUUUCUAAUCAGCUACAAAUUUUAAAAUCCUGAAUGUUUGGGUUUGAUUGAUAUCAACACACUUGCAAACUAUUUUUGCCCAGAUUGCAAAGCUUGUCUAAUCAAGACAAAAUUAGGUUUUAAUUUAAAUUAGAUAGUUAUUUUUUUUCCUCUGACAGUUAAAUGCUGGUCAUAUUGUUGGUGCAUUGUUGUUAGGAAAUUGAAAUUUGGAAUGGGGCAGAGUAACAUUUUGUCCCUUUUAAACUUUUAAUGCAACCCCAUUGUUAAUUCAAACAUCAGAUUACAUGAUGAUAUGAUGUAUGUGAUAUAUGCUGUUUACAUUGCCCUUCCACCACAGGGGAAAGAAAAUUAUCCCUUGUAAAGCCACAGAAUUUUAAGCACUAUUAAAGAGAUUUAACACUACUCUGUUUACUUAGUGGUAUCCUUACAGUAAGUGGCAUUUUGAGCUGGAGUGUUAUAAAAGAGUCUCUUGCCCUUACCUGCAAAUGUUUUCUUCACUGGGGCAUAGGUAGAAAUGGCACAGUAUUAUUACAACAGCAAUAUUCCCCUUUGUACCUCAUGUCAACUGACCAAUUUUAAUGAUUAAAACAACUGAUGUGGUUAUUUAUAAAUAUUGUCUUGAAGAUGGUGAAUUAAUGUGAAAAGCUGCUUUCUUAUGUAACAUUUGAUGGGAUAAGCUCCUGUUCCUUGCAUUACCCUGAAUUUCCUGCAAUCUCUUGCAACCUUUCUGGCCAAAGAUAGAA